AUGGGUUCUAGACUCGAGCACGAGCAGCUGUCAAACCCCCAAACGGGCCAUGCGUGCAGCUGCGGCGUGCAGGAGACCAAAGCAUAUCCUGACAUCUGGGCCAAAUGCGAAUCCCCAGCCCUAGACGGUCGGCUUCUACUUUUCAUAAAAUUGUGUCCUUUUUUCUUUUCGUGCAGCCAGCACAGCGACUGUUUGACUAUCUACUGGCCCGGAAGACGAGCCAAUUGA